AUGCUCUUCUUUCUUACGUUACAACGUUUGAACCGUCCAAUUCCCAGCCUUCAUCAGUUGCCCAUUCUUUUCAAGGAUACCAUCCUUCAUUGCUUUACCAUCCUUCGUUGCUUUACGAUUCCUCGUUGCCUUUACCAUUCUUCAUUGCCUUUACCAUCCUCCAUUGCUUUUAUCAUCCUUAUAAAGCAAGGAUACCAUACUUCAUUGGCUUUACCAUCAUUCGUUGCCUUUACCAUCCUUCGUUGCCGUUACCAUUCCUCAUUGCCUUUACCAUCCUUCGUUGCCUUUACAUCCUUCAUUCUCUUUACCAUUCUUCAUUGCCUUUUACAGCCUUCGUUGCCUUUACGGUUCUUCGUUGCCUAUAGGAUCCUUAUUUGCCUUUACAAUUCUUCAUUGCAUUUACCAUCCUUAUUUGUCUUUACCAUCCUUCGUUGCCUUUCCGAUCGUUCAUUGCCUUUACCAUCAUUUGUUGCCUUUCCGAUCGUUCAUUGCCUUUACCAUCAUUCGUUGCCUUUACCAUCGUUCAUUGCCUUUACCAUUCUUCAUAGCGGUUCGGAAGAGCAACAAUUUCACUUUUUUCUUUUCAUCACAAUUACUCCUUAA